UCCGGACUUUUCAUCGAGCGUCACCCUGCGAGGGAAGGCUCUUUUUUUUAAAAUGAUUAUUAAACUGAUACUAAAAAUGGAGAAAACGUGCAACUUGGUCGACACUGCCAUCGGGAUUUUUGAUAGCGGCGCUUUCUAAGAGAGGAAACAAGAAACCUACUUCGUUCUAGUGGAAUACAGAGAAUUAAAGUCAUUUUGCAUCUGUGUGUCUAACGAGCGAUACCACCCCACGUCCUGAAAGCGAAGAGUCGGGGCGUCUCAGUCCUGCUGAAUAUCUACUUCAAAACUCGCGUCUCCAGUGGUGAUGUCUUGAAGCUGUGGCGCCUCCUGCCUAGUGAAGGACGUGCCAGUGUCAGGUGCUGCUAAUGGGAACUUCUCCUCCGCCAUGAGUGCUCAUGAUGGCGGUGGUGGCAUCGGUGGCAUGGGCACCCUGGGCCGGCGACAGCGCUUUGAGAACUCUGAGUUCACUGUACGCAUCUACCCAGGUGCCCUGGCCGAAGGCACCAUCUACUGCCCCGUCAGUGCCCGCAAAACCACCACAGCCGCUGAGGCCAUCGAACGUGUCAUCGAACGCCUCCGCUUGGACCGCACCAAAUGCUACGUGCUGGCCGAGGUGAAAGAGUUCGGUGGGGAGGAAUGGAUUCUCAACCCCAACGAUUGCCCUGUGCAGAGGAUGAUGCUGUGGCCCCGUGUGGCCCUCGAGCAGCGCUCCCUUUCUGGUGGGGAGGACUACCGCUUCCUCCUCAGACAGAAGAACCUUGAUGGUUCUAUCCACUAUGGUGGCAGCCUCCAGAUGUGGCUGCGGGUCACCGAGGAGCGACGACGCAUGGUGGAGCGCGGCCUGCUACCACAGCCCGAAUCCCAGGGCGAUCACGCGGACAUGUGCUGUCUGCUGGAGCUCAAUGAGCGCUCGCUGCUGGACAACUUGCGCUCACGCUUUCGCCAGGAGAGAAUCUACACCUAUGUGGGGAGCAUUCUUAUUGUCAUCAACCCCUUCAAGUUCCUGCCCAUUUACAACCCCAAGUAUGUCAAGAUGUACGAUAACCACACGUUGGGGGAGCUGGAGCCACAUAUUUAUGCGGUGGCAGAUGUGGCAUACCAUGCCAUGUUACAGAGACAGACGAAUCAGUGCAUUGUUAUAUCGGGGGAAAGUGGCUCUGGGAAAACCCAGAGCACAAACUUUCUGAUUCAUCACCUGACUGCGCUGAGCCAGAAGGGGUUUGCCAGUGGAGUUGAACAGAUCAUCUUGGGGGCUGGGCCUGUGCUGGAGGCAUUUGGGAACGCGAAAACAGCCCACAACAACAAUUCGAGUCGCUUUGGCAAGUUCAUUCAGGUCAACUAUCAGGAGAGUGGCACGGUUAGAGGAGCGUAUGUGGAGAAGUACCUCCUGGAGAAGUCCAGGCUUGUCUAUCAGGAGCACAAUGAACGAAACUACCACGUCUUUUACUACCUGCUGGCAGGAGCAAGUGAAGAUGAGAGGACAACCUUUCAUCUCAAGAAGCCUGAAGAAUAUCAUUACCUCAAUCAGGACUGCUUCACAGUAGAAGGAGAGGACCUGAAGCAUGACUUUGAGAGGCUUCAGCUGGCCAUGGAGAUGGUGGGCUUCCUUCCUUCCACACGGAAACAGAUCUUCUCCCUGCUGUCAGCCAUUCUUCACCUGGGGAACAUCCGCUACAAGAGGAAAACCUACAGGGAUGACUCCAUCGACAUCUGCAACCCAGAGGUUCUGCCCGUUGUCUCAGAGCUGCUGGAGGUCAAAGAAGAGAUGCUGUUUGAGGCUCUGACCACACGGAAGACGGUGACGGUGGGAGAGAGGCUGAUUGUGCCCUACAAACUGGCAGAGGCUGGCACUGUGCGAGACUCCAUGGCUAAGUCCCUGUACAGUGCGCUGUUUGACUGGAUUGUCUUCAGGAUAAACCAUGCCCUGCUUAACACCAAGGACCUGGAGGAGUCCACCAAGAUCCUAUCCAUCGGAGUGCUGGACAUAUUUGGCUUUGAGGACUAUGAGAACAACAGCUUUGAACAGUUCUGCAUUAACUUUGCCAACGAGCGUCUCCAGCAUUACUUCAACCAGCACAUCUUUAAGCUUGAACAGGAGGAAUACAGGGCCGAGGGCAUCAGCUGGCAUAACAUUGACUACAUUGACAACACAGGCUGCAUCCAUUUGAUCAGCAAGAAGCCUACAGCACUGCUCCACCUACUGGACGAGGAGUGCAACUUCCCCCAAGCCACCAACCAGACUUUGCUGGAUAAGUUUAAACGGCAGCAUGAGGGCAACAGCUACAUUGAGUUCCCCGCUGUAAUGGAGCCUGCCUUUAUAAUCCGACACUAUGCUGGCAAGGUCAAGUAUGGCGUCAAGGACUUCAGGGAGAAGAACACAGACCACAUGCGCCCAGACAUCGUGGCCCUACUGAAGAGCAGCAAGAAUGCCUUCAUCUGCGGGUUGAUCGGCAUCGAUCCAUCAGCCACCUUCCGCUGGGCAGUACUCCGAGCUUACUUUAGAGCCCUAGUGGCCUUCAGAGAGGCUGGGAAGAGACACACACAGAGGAAGACUGGGCAUGAUGACGCUGCUCCCUGUGCAGUUUUGAAAAGUGUGGAUAGUUUUAGCUUUCUGCAGCACCCUGUGCAUCAGAGGAGCUUAGAGAUCCUGCAGAGGUGCAAAGAGGAGAAGUACAGUGUGUCCAGAAAGAGUCCUCGUACCCCACUCUCAGACAUACAGGGCACCAAUACGCUCAACGAGAAAUCCCCAAGGGAUUCUCCAGGCCUUGGCUGGAACGGCCGUGUGGGCCGACAGAGCCGAUUGUCGUCCAGCGGCUCCAACACAGAGGAAGACGGCAUCUUUGUCAACACCACGAGCAGCAAGCUCCUGGAGAGGGCACAUGGCAUCCUCAUGCGGAACAAAAACUACAAGUCCAAGCCCUCUCUUCCAAAGCACUUACUGGACGUCAAGUCUCUAAAAUACCUCAGCAACCUGACGCUCCACGACCGCAUCACCAAGUCACUCCUUCACCUCCAUAAGAAGAAGAAACCGCCCAGUAUCAGUGCACAGUUCCAGGCCUCUCUCAAUAAGCUGAUGGAGACCCUGGGCCAGUCUGAGCCUUAUUUUGUCAAAUGUAUCCGCUCCAAUGCUGAGAAGCUGCCUUUACGGUUCAAUGACACGUUGGUGCUGAGGCAGCUACGUUAUACAGGCAUGCUGGAGACUGUUCGCAUCCGCCAGUCAGGCUACAAUAUCAAAUACAGUUUUAAGGAUUUUGUCCAUCAUUUCCGUGUACUUCUCCCGGAGGGCACCAGUGCAACCCAGGAAGGAAUCAAGAAGUGUCUGGAUCAGCUAGACCUGGGACUGGAUGGGCAUCAAGUUGGCAAAACCAUGGUGUUUUUGCGGGAGGCAGCCCGUCAGCAGCUGCAGGCCUUACUCCACGGGGAGGUCCUCAGGCUCAUCGUCACACUGCAGCGCCGCUUCAGGGCUCAGCUGGAGAGGAAGCACUUUGUCAGGAUGAGAGAAGCUGCCAUUUGCAUACAGCAAUGGUGGCGUGCACACCAGUCCAGAGAGGACAACAAUUACCUUAACAUCCAGGAGAGGGCAGCUUUGUGUCUUCAGACACACUGGCGAGGAUACAGGGAGCGUCAGAGAUUUGGGCUGUGUAGGGAGGCUGCCCUUGUGCUCCAGAGGGCAUGGAGGUUGUGGCUCUGCCGCCGACAUACUGCAGCCUUGGUUAUUCAAACAGCCUGGCGUUGCCAUCAAGCAAGAGAGGCUUACUUGCACCUGCAUGGCACUGUGGUACAACUACAGGCAGUGAGCAGAGGCUACCUGGCCAGAAAGAGCUUCAAGGAACGGAAAGAGCGGAGGCACAGGGAGAAGAAGCAAGAGCAAAAAGAGAGCUUGCCUCAGCUACAGAAUGGGCAAGCUAACCUCUCACCUGAAGAUGACGAGCAGCCACCAGAGGGAAUCAUGGGCCUGGACCUGAGCACAUGGGAAGAUCGCUCAUAUGAGGAACGGGAAAGGAGCCUUAAGAUGAUUAGCAGCCAGGAAGGGACAACUAAGGAGGCACAGCAGGAAAGCGUGGGAAAAGAAGAGGGACUAGGGUCCAACUCUAUGGAUAGUUCAUCUGGAGUGCACUCUGAAAUACCAAUGUCAGUGCUGACAGCCACCGUAGUGGUGCGAGAAAAGAGCAGAAUAUCAGACGAGCCCAGCCAGAAAACUACCAGGGCCAAGAGGGAGAGUCGGCGGAUGAGGGAGCUGGAGCAGGCCAAGUUCAGCCUGGAGCUUUUAAAGGUCCGAGCGACAGGUGGUGGGGCCUCAUCACCCUCUGAGGAGAGGCGUUGGUCAGCAGAGCUGGUGCAACCUACAACUCCUCCUUUGCAUUCACCACAGGGUACACCUGACAGCCAAAGCUCAAAGGGCAGUUUUGAGCUUCUCAGCAUGGAUGAAGAACCACCCAAGGCUACAAUGGAAGUAAUGGACGAUGAAGAUCCUGGCUCUCCUAAUGUGGUCUCAGUUUUUCCAGAGUUGGAGCCCACCGUGGAGGUGUUCUCCACAAGCCCCAAGCCAAAUGAACUGCCGGCUGCUGGGGUCUUUGACGUUGAUAUCCCCUUGGCCAGCCCAAACCAGCCUAAAAUCGAUCUUGCAGCUCCGUCUGCCACAACUCCGCCCAAAAUAGAGAACUACCUCCCUACUUUUUACGUCCCUGCCAGUGAUGGCAGCACAGUCAUCAGCCAUCGUCCUGCUAAUGAGCCUGCAAAAUGCACAGAGGCAACUCUCUCCACCACCACCAUCACCAAGCCCCUCAAAGAAAGGCGAGAGUUGACUCGACGACCUGUGGUGGUGGUCAUCAGUAUGCAGAAAGAAACCCCGCUAAGCGAAGAGCUGAGAGGGCUGGUCCGUCCCCCGGUUGAGCUUCGAGAUGAGGCAGCUCAGACAGGGGAUCUGACCCCAUCACCACAGAUGCCAGUCCCUGCACCUGUGCCUGAAGAGCCCGUCCUUGUUAGUGCCCCCGUCCCCCUGGCCAACCAGGCUAUCCUGGAGAAACUGGAGCGACUGAAUGAGGAGAAGGAGGAGAGGCAGCGCAACCAGCAGCAGCAGAAUGAAAAGGAAAUGAUGGAGCAGAUAAGGCAACAGAAGGAAGUUUUGGAGAGGCAGCGCCUUUUCUUUGCUCAGUAUGAGAGAGAAAUGUUUGAAAAGCAAAGAGGAGAGGCCUUGCACAGAAUACAACAGAGUCGACAGGGUGGGACCAGCACAGGACAAGAUGUCUCUGGAAGCACUGCCUUCAAUACAGCCUUCAGACCCAGCUCGCUGCUCAUUGAGAGACCACCAGGAAUCGCUCCACAUACCAGGACCCAGUCAGAGUCUGCAGACCCAUCAGAGCUUUCUACCUCUGGGGUAGAUAUCCAGGGUACUGCCCCACAGCCCUGGCUGCCUCCUCCAUCCUCCUCCACCCCGAGAGAGAGACGUAAGGAGCGCAGGCCUGUGGCUGAUGGCUGGGCACCCAAACUUACCUUGGAGUCCAGAGAUGGCGGAGGUACCAGAAUUAGGGCUCCCACCAGGAAGGCACCAACAAAUCAAGGCACCACAAUUAAUAUGACUGACAAGCCGGGGAACAUCUUCUUUUCACCAAAGGACAGAGUAACAUUUACCAAGUUUGACAAAGAUGCUGUUACUCAAGAGGACCCUUUAUCCAGCCCCAAAGAGGGACCUCCAUCAGUCUCCAAGCCCUCUAAAGGGCUAAAGCCACGGGAGGUCAGUGAAGGAAGUGUUCAAGGUCGUAACCGUUUUGCAUGUGCUGUUAUCGCUUCUGUUAAACUCCAGGCUGGGAGAGCAGGUCAUAAAAAGAAAGCCCGAAUGGCACGGACCCGCUCCGACUUUCUCACCCGUGCCCCCAUCCUGUCAGUUGGGGGCGAGUCUGAUGAGGAUGACUAUGGCGACGAUACGACCCUCACCCCCCGCCAUUAUACUCUACCCCUCUCCAAACAGAGCUGCGAGGCGGGUUUAGGAGAAUCCUGUUUCAGUGACUCUGAAAUGACUGUCAGCUCUGAGGAGCAAAAGAAGAUGCACAAAGCUAUGUCGUCGGGAGAUUUGGGCAAAGUGGACACACUACGCAAGAACACGCAAGACGGAAGAGUUCGUGGUAGGAUGCGCUUUUGGGGCAAGACUAAGCAUGGAGAGAAGAAGGUAUCCAGAGAUAAGCUAAUCUGUGGAGUCGAUUCCCUAGAUGGAGAAUACGCAGACACUGGGCCACUGUUGGGAGAAGGUCAGGAAUCCCUAUCUCCCCCUUGCAGCCCAGACCUGUCAGCUGAGCGGGGGUCCAGGGAGUCUAAGGAGAACAAGGAGCCCUCCCCCAAGGUGAGGCGGAGGCGCAGUGUGAAGAUCAGCAGUGUGGCUCUGGAACCCACCCAGUGGCAGAACGACGCACUGCAGAUCCUCACCUGCACCAAUGACUACAGGAGCAUGAACGACUUCCUCAUGAAGAAGAUUAAUGACUUGGACACAGAGGACGGUAAAAAGGACACGAUGGUGGAUGUCGUCUUCAAGAAGGCAUUGAAGGAAUUCCGCCUAAAUAUCUUCAAUUCUUACUCCACGGCACUAGCGAUGGAUGAUGGGAAGAGUAUCCGUUACAAGGACCUUUAUGCUCUGUUUGAGCACAUCCUGGAGAAGACAAUGAGACAGGAACAGAGGGACUGGAGCGAGUCGCCUGUCAAAGUGUGGGUCAACACCUUCAAGGUCUUCCUGGAUGAGUUUAUGACUGAGUACAAGCCCAUGGACAGCACGCUCAGCAAGCAGGUACCCAAACCCGAACGCAAAAAGAGGAGGAAAAAGGACACUGAUAUUGUGGAGGAGCAUAAUGGCCACAUCUUCAAGUCUACUCAGUAUAGCAUCCCUACAUACUGUGAAUACUGUUCUUCACUUAUCUGGAUGAUGGACCGCGCUUGUGUCUGCAAACUGUGUCGGUACGCCUGCCACAGAAAAUGUUGCCAGAAGAUGACAACGAAAUGCAGUAAGAAGUUUGAUCCAGAGCUUUCCUCCAGACAGUUUGGGGUAGAGGUUUCUCGUCUCACCAAUGAUGAGAGGACGGUCCCCUUAGUGGUAGAGAAGCUUAUCAACUACAUUGAGAUGCAUGGCCUCUAUACUGAAGGAAUCUACCGGAAAUCUGGCUCCACCAAUAAGAUUAAGGAACUCAAGCAGGGACUUGACACGGAUGUGGACAACAUGAAUCUGGAUGACUACAACAUCCAUGUCAUUGCAAGUGUCUUUAAACAGUGGCUUAGAGAUCUGCCUAAUCCUCUGAUGACAUUUGAGCUGUAUGAAGAAUUCCUACGUGCCAUGGGUUUGCAGGAUAAAAAGGAAGUGAUUAGAGGAGUGUACUCUGUUAUUGACCAGUUGAGCAGAACUCACCUAAACACUCUGGAACGGCUUAUAUUCCAUCUUGUCAGGAUUGCCUUGCAAGAGGAGACCAACCGUAUGUCAGCCAAUGCCUUGGCCAUAGUGUUUGCCCCCUGCAUCCUGCGCUGUCCUGAUACCAUUGAUCCACUGCAGAGUGUCCAGGACAUUGGCAAGACAACAGCGUGUGUGGAGCUCAUCAUUGUUGAACAGAUGAAUAAAUACAAGGCCAGGUUAAAGGAUAUCAACAGUCUGGAGUUUGCAGAGAAUAAGGCUAAAUGCAGGCUGACUCUCAUUCGAAGAUCAAUGGGCAAAGGCCACGUACAACGACUGAGCUAUCACACACCUUCACCUCCAGUCAGUCCCCGUUUGCCAUCGGUGUCAGAUGCCGUGAUGGAGGAGAGCGGGGGCGAGGAUGGAGCAGGUCUAGAGCCUGAAGUGUCAGAGCAUCAACAAGCAGUCAUGCAGCAGGAGGAGAGAGUGCUGACCGAACAAAUCGAGAGCCUGCAGAAAGAGAAGGAGGAGCUGACUUUUGAGAUGUUGACCCUGGAGCCACGAGCAUCAGACGAUGAGACCCUGGAGUCAGAGGCAUCAAUUGGCACAGCUGACAGCUCUGAGAACCUUAAUGUGGACUCUGAGGGCGCCACCUCUGAUUUCUCCGAGAGGGGCCCAGCAUUGGCGGCUGCCUGGCCUCGUAAAUCUGAGUGUAAGAGCUCCCGCCGACGUACUGUUCAAAGGCAGCCUGACUCCCUGGACUCAGUUGACUCUUGCUCCACUAUCUCUUCCUUCUCCUCCUCAUCACACUUCCAUCCAUCUCCCUCCUCCUCCUCUGCCACCACUCGCCGCUUUCGUUUCCACUCAAAGUCUCCCUCCUUGGGCUCAGGUUCCACCCAGUCCCAGGCCCAGCAUGCGCCCCACUCACCUCGCUACAACAGCCAAGACAGUAGUCCUACAGCAGAACAAGAAGGGGUAUUUGAGGAAAGGCCCCAGUUUACUAGCCGUGGUACCUUCAAUCCGGAGAAGGGCAAACAGAAACUGAAAGGAGCCAAGCAUUCAACCCUGAGGCACCCCAGAGAAGGUACUGACCACAGUCGGGACCCACCAGAUCUACCCCAGCAGCUGGUAUUGUAUGGCAGCAACGAGUUCAUGGUAUGAGGGACUUUGGGACACCCAAGCAUUCCUUAUCCAACUCCGCUGUAGACAUACCUGCUCUCCUACGGAGAUGUGAGACUGCAGCUGAUAUCCCCUCCGCAAAACACUCCUAAUUAGCCUUUCUUUGUUCCAAGUCUGCAGAAAAUUACCCUCAAGUGCCAUGUACAGUGUUUCCACCUCCAGAGAUGGGAAAGGGGGAGAUGUUUGGCAGAGGGACAAGAAUGAGUGGAAGGGCUCGUCUUCUGCAGACUGAAACCACCACCCAUGCUCUCAAAGUGCCUUGGCAGCUCUCAGCUCAGCGCCAAGGGAGGGACAUGUUGAUUAGGAGGAUGGAGAAAAGGGAAUGUAAGAAUAUGUGGAAGAUCAGCUAGUGCCAGGAAAUGUACUGGAACUGAGAAGAAAAAAGUAGUGUGUAAGACUGCAUAAGAAGAAGUUGAGAUGUGAAGUCAGUGAUGGUGCAGUUUUCAAAAACUUAAAGAGCUAACAAUCAUUAGCUGCUUUAAAAGUUUACAGUUCACAACAAUCAGUGUAAGCAGUGGUUGCUCUAUUAUUACAAUUUCCCCCCUCUCCUAUUUAAUAAAUUUUUAAUGUCACAGAUACUAUAAGUCUAUAUAACUAUAAUAUACAGAUAUAAAUACUGUACAAAGCCGGAACACCAGUAACUGCUGGGUAGUCGAAGUCAAAUAUUUAUCUUUUGAGUAUCUUGAAGAGAGAUGUAUGGAUUUGGGCAGUGGCUGAGUUUGCAAAGUGUGGGUGGUCGUGUGUGUGCAUGUGCUGUGCACCCACACGUGACUGUAUGCGUGAGCAAAACCACUUCAGUUUUAAGUUUGUGCUGCUUUUUUUCCCCCUAUGAGGGAAAUAUUGCCAUCAAAGGGACCAAGUUAGCUGGUGUGUACUCCAGCCAAGGGGAUCCCAGCUUUGUAAAGAAUGUUGGAUGUGUAUAAAAUCCCUGCAUUCACUGCUUAACAGCCAUAUGAAAAUUGUAAUGUACAGGACAAUACAGUAUGUACAGUAUAGUGGACAAAAAUGCCAUUUUCUUGAAAGAUAUUGUUACACCCACCUUAAUUCCCUUUCUGUUUGCUCAACAGCAACCAAAAAAGAAUUUAAAAUUG